AUGGCCGGUGGCGGCGCGAAACCGCCAACGCCGAGGAGCCAGGUCCAUGCCCAAGAUGCUGCCCACGACGACAGCGACUUGCGGCUGCGCCCUGGAGACAGGGCAGGGAGUUUUGAGAUUUACCUGGAGCUCCUGAUGAAGGAGCACGACGAGCUGCGCCACGAAUGUGCGCUGCUGCGGGCCAAAGUUGCCGAGAAUCCCGACACGGAUAACGAAGACGACGAAGACAAAGGCGGCUCCGACAUCGCGAGCGAAAAAGUUGUGGAUACAGGAAAUGCCGUCGAGACCGUCGAGACCUCUGACCCUAUCCUGAUGAAACCGUCAAAUAAUUCUUUUGAUGCUGGGAGGUCCAAGUUCACCAAUGUGAAUGUCUCGAAGUUCAUGAACAAGUACAAGUCAAUUUCCCAUGCAGGUGGUUCAGGUCUUUUCCCUUUCCAGGGCGCGAAAGAAAUCAAAAGCCAAUUGAAGUGGGUGCGGCAUCCCACUUUCUCGAUCGCAGUCACCGGGGUAAUCGUUCUAAACGCGAUCUACAUUGCAGUGUACUCAUCAGUUGUCCUACAAAAAACACGCCAGAUGAAGGGUAAAGCCGACUUGGAAUACAAGGAGAUGUGGAUGAUUGGCGACGUGAUAUUCGCGUUGGUUUUCACAUCCGAGGUCGUCCUCAGGAUACUUGCUUACCAGCUGAAGUUUUUCAAAGGAAGUCAGCGGUUAUGGAAUGCCUUUGAUUGUUUGACAUUGAUCGCAACAUUGGUAGCCCUUGCUUUCGAUAUAGCCCACGCGCCGCCGAAUUUCUUCGUAAACUUUCUCAAGAUGUUGCGACUUGCGCGUCUGGUGCGAGGCUUGCAGGCGUCCAAAUCCCCGUACCUUCACACCCUGAAAACGCUGAUGUACACUGUGGCGGGGAGUGCUAACGCGUUCCUCUCUGCACUACUGCUUCUGAUAGUUGUAAUUUCUGUGUUUAGCGUCAUGUUCAUGCAGGGGGUACAGAAUUACCUCGAGGGGACCGACCAAAAUCCCGAGACGCGGGUCGAGUUGGUGGAUCGUUUUGGAACAUUCAGCGAUUCCGCCUACACCCUUCUCGCGUGCAUUCUUGGUGGACUCAGUUGGGAUGAGCUGUCGCCUGCGCUGGAGAGUAUUGAUUUGAUGUACAGGUACUUCCUGGUUGUGUACAUCACGUUUGCUGUCCUCUGCGUGUUGAACAUUUUGAACGGUGUGUUCGUCAAUGCCGCUAUCGAAUCCGCCCAGUCAAACAAGGAAUUGGCCGUCCAGAAUACCCAUCACAAGAUGAUGGCUAUGAUUGAACAAGCUGUCAAAUGGUUUGUUGAGGCAGACAAAGACGGGUCGGGAAAGAUAUCGUGGCAAGAGUUGCGCGAUGUCAUGAACGACGACGAAGUGCGAAUUUUCAUGUUAGCUAAUGGCAUCGACGUCGCGAGCGCUGGGAAGAUCUUCCAGCUGUUGGACUCGGAUGGCUCGGGCUCGCUCUCGCCCGAAGAGUUUGUAGAUAACCUGAUCACGCUGCAGGGCAACGCAAAAGCCAUCGACGUGGCUUUUCUCCGAGAGGUGUGCGAGACGACCUCGAAGAGGGUCAAGGACUUGGAGGCUGUGCUCCGCGAGUGCGCCCCUCGGCUCGACAAUGCGGAGCCGUCGAACCGCACCGGCACCAUUUCAAUCUGA